AUGUCGAACAGGAGCUCUGGGCCAGUGCGGCGCAAGAAGGGCGAUGGAGAAGAGCAGCUCAAAGUGGGCAGAAAAAAAUCAGCACAGAAAUCUGGCACAAAGGACGUGCAGAGCGAACGCGAUGCUCCACUGCCUGAUGAUGGCUACGUUGUGUUCCGCCUCAAGACCGUGCUUCUCUCCUUCCUCUGUGUCCGACUGCUGGGCGCUGUUGUGAACAACGUGUCCGACUGCGAUGAAACCUUCAACUACUGGGAGCCCUCCCACUACAUGCUCUACGGCUGGGGCUUCCAAACCUGGGAGUACAGCCCCGAGUUUGCGCUGCGUCCCUACGCUUAUGCAGGCAUUCACGCUGUCCUCGGCAAGGUCUUCACAUUGCUGGGCUUCGCUGAUAAGAUAUCCGUGUUCAUCAUGAUUCGCUGCGCACUUGGCGCCUUUUGUGCUUACUCUGAAGCCGUCUUCUACCGAGGCGUUGCUAAGAAGUUUGGCGGAAGGGUUGCCCUCUUCACCUUUGUGUUCCUUCUGUUCUCCGCCGGCAUGUUCCACGCUUCCAUCUCCAACCUGCCGUCUUCGCUCUCCAUGUAUGGAGUGCUGCUCUCGUUCGGCUUCUGGCUGUCCGGUAACUAUUUCCUGGCCGUUUUCUCGGCCUGCUUCGCGGUGAUCAUGGGCUGGCCCUUCGUUGCCGUCGUCUUCAUUCCGCUCGGCCUCGACCUCCUUCUCAAGGCCGGCUUCUUCAAGGUGUUGCUCUGGGGAGUGACGGGCCUCGCGGUGUUCCUCUCCACCUCGGUCGCUGUCGAUUACCACUACUACGGGUCGCCUCUCAUCGCCGUGUGGAACCUCGUGCACUACAACGUCUUCGCACCCAAGGGCUCGGAGCUCUACGGCGUUGAAGAGUGGCCCUUCUACUUUAUCAACCUCUUCCUCAACUUCAACGUGGUCUUCGUUCUCUCGCUCGUUGCCUUGCCGGCGGCUCUGUUGUUCCGCAAGUGGUCGAAGAGCGUGGCCCACGUUCAUUUCGUUUCGCUCUUCUUCUAUCUCCUCCCCUACUACCUUUGGCUCGCGGCUAUGCUCAAGCUGCCGCACAAGGAAGAGAGAUUCAUGUUCGUCAUGUACCCGCUCAUUUGCCUCGGCGGCGCGCUCACCUUCGUGGUGGCCCUGGACGUGAUGCAAUCGCUCCUCGCCUCUGUCUUCUCCGCCAAAUCGCGCAAGAACGAAGCCAGCCGCUUUAAGGGGUUCUUAGCGGCACUGGCUUUCCUCUGCUGCGUCGGAUUUGUUGCCCUCUCGGCCUCGCGUGUUGCCGCUCUCCGCGUCAACUUCGAAGCGCCGCUGUACGUGUACGAUCACCUGUACCACAAUGAACUCAAGGACGGCGCCGACCCGAACCUCCCGCUCCCCGGAGACUUGAAUAUCUGCGUGGGCAAGGAGUGGUAUCGUUUCCCGUCCAACUUCUGGAUCCCACACUCUCGAUUCCACGUCUCUUUUGUCAGGUCGUCCUUCCGGGGUGAGCUGCCCCGGCCCUAUGCUCCUCCGCCAGACGGGUCCAAGGUGAUCCACAAGGACUUCAACGACCAAAACCAGGAGGAGAUGUCGCGCUAUGUCAACGAGAGCGACUGCCACUACCUCGUGGACCUGGACUUUGCGGGCCAGAGCGAGCCGCACUACGCCGCGCAGACGGACCGAUGGGAGGUCAUUUUCGCCCACCCGUUCAUCAACUCGGCCGCCGCCCACCCCUUCUUCCGCGCCUUCUACGUUCCCUCGCCACUCUCCGCCGGCAAGACGCACUGGGACCGAUACGUGCUCCUUCGCUCCAAGACCCACUUUGGCGGCGCGUCGUGA